CCCUGCUGUUGCAACACGGGUGUCGUUCCAUCAGAGCGCGCGUGGCUUGCAGCUCGCAUCUAUUCUUCAAUCACGAAUAGCAUGCUCAGCUUGCUUCUCGAUCGCGCUGCACAACAAUCAAGCGCAAGGCAUACGUGCAUCUCGAUGCUGCAGGCAGCGGUCUGGGUGUUAGCUUCAAUCAUAGACGCAAGAGCUGCGGUGCCGAAUCCAGACUUUAGCUUCACCUCACUCGCCACACAGCCGGCGAUCGGACAGAUAACCUAUCAAGGUGGGCUCACUCGGCAUCAUCGGACCGAAUGGCGAGGAGCUCAAACGAUCACCUUACCGCACCUGCGGCUGUGAGAGCUCCAGCCGUCUGAUCUAGCAUCUCGUACAAUGGCG